CACACAGGGAGUGCAGCAGUGAGUAAGCGUCUGGCUCAGCCGUGCCCAUACCAGGGAACUAGAGCCCGACCCAGGGAGCAACCCAGCACCGUGGUACCAGCCGGACACCCCAAUACCCCCUGUGACCCCCUUCUAUCCCAGCCAACAUGCCCAACUUCUCAGGACACUGGAAAAUGAAACAGUCGGACAACUUUGAGGAGAUGCUGAAGGUUUUGGGAGUGAAUAUGAUGCUGAGGAAGAUCGCUGUUGCUGCCGCUUCUAAACCAGCAGUGGAGAUCAAGCAGGACGGAGAAGUCUUCUACAUCAAAACCUCAACAACGGUUCGGACCACCGAGAUCAGCUUCAAAAUUGGGGAGGAGUUUGAUGAGCAGACAGUGGAUGGGCGCCCUUGCAAGAGUCUGGCUAAAUGGGUGAGUGAGAACAAAAUGGCUUGUGAACAGAGACUUCUCAAAGGGGAUGGACCCAAAACAGCCUGGACCAGAGAACUGACCAACGAUGGAGAGCUUAUCCUGACCAUGAUUGCCGAUGAUGUUGUCUGCACACGGAUUUACAUCAGGGACUAAUUUACAGGACUCUAUGGGAUACGAGGCACCAUCCUCAUCUUCCCCAGCCUAACCUAGACUCCGAAACCUUUAACAACCAAUCCCUGUGAAGCAGAGAGUACCCAGUUUACAGCACACUAUGAAGCCAGCAACACUCCACCAAGUCCACGUUCAUCCUCGCUCACACAGGUUCCUCUGUGGUCCAUGGCAGAACGUUUGCACCAGAAUUGAUCUCCUCCUUAAGGCUUUUGUUGGAUCUCAUUGACCCUGGUAGUUUUUGAAUUGUCUUAUGCCAAGCUAUUGCCCUUAGCAUUACUUAAUAAUACAGUUAUCCCAGAUGCAUCUCGAGUUUGAAGCCACAAUGGAUUUUGAGCACUGCUAAAGAAGUGCUCUAUGUUUUUAGUCAUUGGCCUGCUCCACCAUAACUGGUCAUUCAUGGUCUACAUGGCUCGUCUUUUCUUCUUCUUCUUCUGAACUCAAAAGUAGGGAGUGUUGAAAGCACAACUGGUUUCUGAAGAAGGAACUGCCAUCCAUGAAGAUCGAGGGAAAAGCCGCCAAAGUAGAACUGGAAAUCGAAAAAAGUUCAUGAAAUCUCAUAAUAUUAUCAAUAAUCACUAAGCGAAUUGGAAAAUGUUGCUGAUUUUGCUGUCAAUUUGCAGGUUUUCCUGUUCUCUUCAAAGAAAUAAUGGCAUUUUUUUUUCUGGAGAACAUAUUUCUUUGACUUCAGUAACCGAGUGUGCCUUCUAGGCUAAGGUUCUGAAGAGCCCAGUCCAAUAGAAGAGCCUGAUUGGGAAAGCCAAGUGGAUAGACACUAGGCCAGGCGUCUGUAAAAGUUUUAUUUUGCACUAGAUUUAAUAAGAAAGAUUUGUCUGUAUUCUUUUAGAUGGUAUAAGCAAGGAAGCCACCCAGAGAAGACCUGAGAUGAUUGGAGUAAUAUCUAUCAUAUUACUAUCAUAGGGGUCCCAUACGUUGAGGUCCUUCAUGGCUGUAUGGGUUUAAGGGCCAUAGACGGACCUCAGAGUAUAGGCUACUAUAGGCAACUCUUCAGUAAUAUCUACAGAAUCAUUCCUUUAAUGUCCCAAAUCCCAAUCAUCUUGUGGGUCAAUCCGGCCAAGUAAACCAGAUGUAGGUUACUAUAAACGAACAGAUAUGAUUGUUUAUGAUGAAACUUGAGUCCCGGAGAGUGAGAAAGUCUAGUAUAGAUCAGAAAUAUGGAAGUAUUGUGAAUCCCUCCACGUGCCAUGGACUUUACAACGUGGCUUUGUGAUAGGACAAGACGAGGACUUGCCCUCAUACCAAGGUUAUCAAAUGCUAUACAUACAUUUGCAACAUACUUUCUGCAUUUACUUUUGGCUAUAUUGUCACUUUAUUACCAGCUCUGUAUUUUAUACGAUUCUGAGCCAGAGAAGUCUUAAGGGUAUAUGCACACUACCCACAACUGCUAUUGUGAGAGUCAGGGCUAUCUUUGGUGGUGGCAGAGUUCAAUGCCAAGAAACCUUUGUGGGAUCAUCGGGGUCCCAUAUUUUGAGGUUCUUUUUUGGUUCUAUAGGUUGAAGGUCCAUAGAGUAUAGGCUACUAUAGGCAACAUCUCUUCCUUCUUCUACCUGCCAACCCACAGCCACAGAACCUUCUUAGAUACCUCCAAAGACAACUGGCUGUGUGUGUGCCCUUUUGACGCUGGAGUUCUCUCUGCCCGAUUAUUUUAGGAUGGUCUAACUCUUUAUGCUUUAGCUUCAGUAUUGCUUAAGAGAGGGUUCCUAAUGGACGAGAACAUAAGAUUUGCUAAGAAAAUGGAGAUUGCUUCUUCUUUUUGUUAGUGGCCUUUACACCCAUUACAUUUUAUACCGUUUCCGUGUAUGUUGACACGUCUGUAGGAAAUGCUUUUCCGUAGUCUAACGCUUCCCUUCGUGCGGUAGGAAACACUAACGAUGCGCUUGUCUUGUCUCUCUAGUUUAUUACUAUGUUCAGUAUUUAUUUGUCAAUAUGUUUUUUUUAUAAUUAAAGAGAAAAUACUAGAAA